AUGAAGAGAUCCAAAUCAACCCCAGAAAGCCAAAAUCAAAAUUUGACGUUGAGGAAAUCAGAAAGAUUGGAGGACAAAUUCAUGAAAUUACCUGAAGAAGUGAUCCCCAAAAUCUUUUCAAAAUUGGAAGAUGACCCCAAAACCCUCAUUCGCUGCUCUGCUGUCUCCACGAACUGGGCUUCCUUUGUCUCCAAAACUGUCCACCUCUCCCUCAGAUUCUUCAGGAGGCGUUAUUUUUACGCAUGCUCAAGAGUUCACUACCACAUGCCAUCAUCUGCUAUCCCUGCUAUCAUGAAGCUGUUUGCAAAUCUGGAGUCUCUCGAAAUUAAGAUCUGCCAUCCAAUGUCACAACCACCCUUUUAUGAAAACAUCACUAGGAUGACGGUCAAGUGGACAGAAGAUGCAUGUCAAAGUGAUACCUGCGUGGCAUUUGAGGUCGGAUCGUUAACAACUAUAGAAGGGGCUAUGCAGUCUCAUGUAUUUAACAAACAAAAACUUGCUACCAUCAAAAGUUCUUUGGUAAUGGACUUCUACUGGAAAAUGUUAGAUCACCGGCCAAAAACACUGAGAAGCUUGGUGAUUAGGAGUGCUAAGAUAUAUGCUCUCGGAUCAGGGAAGGUUUUUAUGAAAAACGCACAGCUACCGAAGUUGCGUGAUUCUGUUUCGAAAUCACAAGUGAACGAAAGCUGGCUUGAGGAUCCCAAGAAUGUGGUUUAUUGGCACAAAGACCACAUGGACAAGGAGCGUUUGCUUCAGGAGAUGGUCUGGCUUGUUUAUGGAUCUCAUUUUUCAGUUACCACUAAAGGACUGAAAAAGAAUAAACUGGUUGUAACUGAGACACAUGUGGAGGAGCUGUUGGAUGGAGUGUACGAUGAAAGUAAUGGUGUUGGAAAUUAA